CUCUCCUCACUCUUUCCCCUGCAGCUGUAGCAGCACCGCAGACUCCUCUGACCUGACCGCAGCAUCAUGGCUUUCCCCAUCAGGAUGAGUGGAGGUUCUUCGAUGGCUGGAGGUCGAUACGCUCAGUCCAUGUCGAGCUUCACCUCUUCACCCCGCAUUUCUUCUUCUGUCAGCGGCGGCAUGUUCAGUGGUGUCGCCAGAGGUGGAGGUGGAGGUGGAGGUCAAUCCAGUUUCGCCUACAGCAGCUACUCAUCAGGCGGUGCCGGCGGUGGCGGUGGCGGUGGCGGCGGAGCCAUGUUCGCCUUCGGUGGUGCUGGCGGCGGCGGCGGCGGCGGUGGCGGCGGUGGCUUCGAUGUCACUGUCAAUGAGAAGGCCACCAUGCAGAACCUCAACCACCGUCUGGCCACCUACCUGGAGAAGGUGCGCACGCUGGAGAAGGCCAACGCCGAGCUGGAGCUGAAGAUCCGGCAGUUCCUGGAGAGCAAGACAUCGCCAUCCGCCAGAGACUACAGCCCCUACUUCGUCACCAUCGCUGAGCUGCAGGGAAAGAUUCAGGAUGCCACCAAAGUCAACGGUGGGAUCUACCUCGCCAUCGACAAUGCUAAGCUGGCUGCCGACGACUUCAGGCUGAAGUACGAGAACGAGCUGGCCAUGCGUCAGUCGGUGGAGAGCGACAUCGCCGGGCUCAGGAGGGUCCUGGACGAGCUGACGCUGGCCAGGACCGACCUGGAGAUGCAGAUCGAGGGCCUGAAGGAGGAGCUCAUCUUCCUCAAGAAGAACCACGAGGAGGAGCUGCUGGCCAUGAAGACGCAGAUGAGUGGACAGGUGAACGUGGAGGUGGACGCCGCUCCUCAGACCGACCUCACUGCCGUUUUGGAAGAGCAGAGGGAGUACUACGAGGAGCUGGCACGGAAGAACCGCAAGCAGUGGGAGAGCUGGUUCCAACAGAAGACAGAAGAACUGACCAAAGAAGUGGCAGCGAACACAGAAACCAUCCAGACCAGCAAGACGGAGCUGACGGACCUGAAGCGCACGCUGCAGGGUCUGGAGAUCGAGCUGCAGUCACAGCUCAGCAUGAAAGCUGGGCUCGAAGGUUCGUUGGCUGAAACGCAGAAUCGCUAUGCCCUAAUGCUGGCAGGCUUCCAGAACCAGGUCAGCUGUCUGGAGGAGCAGCUCAUGAACCUUAAGGCCAGCAUAGAGCAACAGGGCCAGGAAUACCAAAUGCUGCUGGACAUCAAGACCCGGCUGGAGUUGGAGAUCGCCGAGUACAGGAGGCUUCUGGAGGGAGAGGGUGGCGGCAGCAUCUCCUCCUCCUCCUCCUCCAUGGUGUCCAGCUCCGGCGGUGGCUCCACCUCCUCCACCACCAAGAAGCAGAUCGUGAUUAUCGAGGAGGUGGUGGAUGGGAAGGUCGUGAGCUCAUCCACAGAGACCAUCACUCAAUAAAUGCAUCGCUCAAUAAAAGUCUGCCACGGUGCUUAACAAUAAAGUACUGUUUUGUCCUUUU